AUGUUUUCAAUAGCAUUUAUUUUAUUUUAUCAAGCAGAGGCGAGUGUAUCUUGUUACGGGUGUGAGUAUAUAAACUGGCGCUACGAAAGUGCCCUCUGGCCGUGCGAUCAAAGCGCUGGCCCAUGGAAAAUACUUUCAAAUUGCACAUCAUGCAUCAAACAAACUGAGGUUCAAGAAAGUGAUUUCAUGAAGCCUCGCUGGGGCCAAGAAGCAACUGUUUUGAAAACCACAUCAAGAUAUUGUGUUGUCGACUUUGCCCCCAGAUAUCCCAACCAGUGCAUUUUCUUCUACGGCAGUUCUUCCGUAAUUGAACAGUGUUUCUGUUCCACCGAUUUCUGCAACGUAAUCUCUUUCCAUAAACCAAGUCUUUGCCUAAAUUUGUGCCUUUUUAUUAUACUCUCUUUGACUAAUUUCUUUACAUGUAAUCUAUAA